CAAUUACUCCUAAGCGAGGUAAACUACCAACGGUGAGGCCAGAAGAAGCUAAUUAUAUUAAACUCAAACUCUAACAUCUCAGCCUAAAACCCUCAUCUUUCCCUAUAAAUAAUAGGUCAGAACCUGCGUUUUCUUCAUCCCAAAAUCUGCGAAAUAUACAUAUAUACGUAUAUAUAUAUAUAUUUUUCGACCCAUCGUUUUAGCCAGAACCAAGCCUUGAAAAUACUUCUCAAACCUUCCCCUUCGUGAGACGAAUCCAACGGAGGAAGAAUCGUGGAAAACGGACGUCGGAGUAGGGAGAAAUAGCUCGUCGGAGUUUCGCCGGGGAAAACUUUCACGACGGAAAACGGAGGAGAAGGGGAUACCGCCGCCGCCGCCAGUUCAUCACCGACCGUUACCGUCCAUCAGGAGUGCAUCGCCACCGUCAUUGGCCGCAUUCGUCGAGGUGAUUAUCUAGAGACCGGAUUAGAGGAGGAUAACUAGGAGCAUCAGGACUUAAGAAUCAUGCCGCCGAGGAAAGACCCACAUUCAACCCCAACUGUUGCGGAGCUGGCCCAAACUGUCCAGCAAAUGGCGCAGCUCAUAGGAGCAGCCCAACCCCAGAACCCUGGGAUUGACUACGCAACAAGGGUUGUCGGGCGAAACCCUCCAAAAUACUUGGGUGAGGAAGACCACCUUAUCUUGGAGGACUGGAUCCGCACUUUCGACAAGCUCUUUGAUUCACUGAAUUGCCCGUCGGAGCAACGGGUGAAUAUUGCGGUGUACUAUCUGCACCAAGAAGCGGACCACUGGUGGGCCGCCAACGGACUAGCACUUCUCGGGAAACCGGGCUUCGAUUGGGAGGACUUCAUAGUAGCGUUGCGGGAUCGCUUCUACGCAGAUCACGUGAAGGAAGCAAAUUAUGAAGAAUUUGUCAACUUUAAACAAGGUGACCUGACUGUUCAGGAGUACCACACGAAAUUCGUUCAACUGGCACGUUUUGCCAAGGACCUGGUGUCGACAGAGGCCAGUAUGACCCGCAGGUUUGUUAACGGGCUUAACUUCGGGGCCCAAAAGUUCGUGACGGUAGCAAAGCCGCGGAAUUUGAAUGAGGCUUAUAGAAAGGCUGGUAAGUACUACCUGGUACACCAGAAGGAAAGGGAGGCACACAAAAGAGACCGAAAGAAUGCGGAAGUGGAGCAGCAACAGAAGACGGCCAAGAUUGAUCGCCCUGAGCAGCGCCAGAACAACCAAGGCGGAGGAAGAUUCCAAGGUCAAAAUCAGAGGAGGGAUCGUGAGAGGCACUAUUACUGCAAGCGUUGUAAUAAAGAUCACUCAGGCGUAAAUUGUGACGGAAGUCAAACCAAAUGUUUCAAUUGCGACAAGCUAGGACACCGAGCUUUUGAAUGCAAUUCCAAAAAGGCGGACAUACCGGCAAACCCGAAUCAGAGGAGUGAUGGAAACAAUGACAACAACCCCAAUAGAGGUCGAAUCUACGUGAUGAAUCAAACUCAGGCAAACGCUCACAAUCUCGACUCAGGUAAUGAUGAAUACGAAGCUCAUGAUGUUUGAUGAACCUGGAGAGCGCUUUAGAAAAAUUUAGUGUAGUCUUCACUUAGAUUAAAUAAUGUUAGUAGAUUUUGAAUUCAAGUUUUUAAUUCGGUUGAACUCAUGGUGGAUAGCCUUAACAUCCAGCCAAGUUGAGGGCUGGGUGUGGCGGUAACACACCCUUUUUCCAUUACUGUUAUUUCCGCUGCAAAACUCUAUCUAUUUUUAAAGAAUAAAUCAAGAUUGUUAUCAA